AUGGACAUAGAAAAUAUGCCUCACAAUUGGAUGACCCCCAUCAUCCAAUACCUUACCAACAACAGCCUGCCAAAUAAUCCAGACUCAGCUAAGAAGAUAAGAAUUCAUGUAGCCAAAUACCUCCUCCUCGGCAAAGACUUGUAUAGAAGAGGGGUUUCAACACCUAUGCUUAAAUGUCUUGACGAUGACCAGACUAGUUACGUAAUGAGGGAAAUUUACGAAGGUGUAUGUGGAACCCAUUUGGGCGAACGAACCAUGGCAGCAAAAAUACUCAGAGCUGGGUACUAUUGGCCGACACUCGCCCAAGAUUGCCACACGUUUGUAAAGAAAUGCAUCCCUUGUCAACAACAUGGUCCUCACCUGCGCCAACAUGCCAACAUCCUCCACCCUAUUAGCUCUCCCUGGCCCUUUGCUAUUUGGAGUAUGGACCUCAGUCCUUUUUCCUUAGUAAAAGGACAGUAUCGACGAUUCAACGAAUUUUUAGAAGGGCUUCACAUAAAACACAGGGUCACGUCCGUCGAGCAUCCCCAAACCAAUGGCCAAGCCGAGGUUGCAAACAAAGUCAUCUUAUGCGAAUUAAAAAGAAGAUUGGGGUCGGCAAAAGGGGAAUGGGCAGAGAAGCUACCUGAGAUUGGAGAACCAUCUUUUCGAAGGGAGAACUUUGAGGAAUCGGCCAAUGGCUACUCCCUAGCUGUCAACUUAGACUUGCUAGAUGAAGUGCGCGGCCAAGCGGCAAUAAUGACCGAAGCUAGCAGAAGAAUGAUGGCUAGGAAGUUUAAUUCUAAAAUCAACCCAAGACAAUUUUAUGAGAAUGACUUGGUAUGA